AUGACAAUAAAUUAUUCAUCUAGUAUUACAGAAACAUCUGUAAAAUGUUUUUUGAAAACACUUUUUUAUUGGAAAGGUAGUUUGUGGAAGUCAAUUUACAAGGAAUUAAUUACUUGGUGUUUAAUUUAUGGUAUAAUAAGUAUAGUUUCAAGACAUGCUCUUAACAAGGAACAAUUACUAAUUUUUGAUAGAAUUUGUUAUCUUUGUUAUAAUUUUAAUUCAUUUAUACCAUUGUCAUUUAUGUUAGGUUUUUAUGUAACAUUAACAUUAUCUAGAUGGGAUACAGUUACAAAUAAUCUUGCUUUUCCAGAUACAUCAUGUAUUUAUUUAGCUGAAUAUGUUAGUGGAUUAGAUGAAAGAUCAAAAUUUAUAAGAAGAUCAAUUGUAAGAUAUAUGUCUACAUCUCAAGUUCUUGUAUAUAGAGAUAUUUCAACAAAAGCAAGAAAAAUGUUUCCUACAAUUGAUUCAAUGGUAAAAAAAGGAUAUCUUACAGAAGAGGAAUAUCAAAAAUUAAUGAUUGCAUCAGAAAAUACAAUAGCUCCAUGGUGGAUAACAAUGCAAUGGGCAAUUGAUUUAAUUAUCAAUGCUGAAAAAGAAAAUAAAUUAGCAAAUGGGUAUUUUGGUGUACAAGAUUGUUUAAAGGUAUUAAUUGCAUACAGGAAUAUGCUUCAUAAUUUACUUCUUCUUGAUUGGUUUCCAAUUCCAUUAGCAUAUACACAAAUAGUUUCAUUAACAGUAAGAACAUAUUUUGCAAUAGCAAUUCUUGGAAGACAAUAUUUACACUCAGAACCAUAUCAAAAUACAGCUUCAAAAACAAUAGAUUUAUAUUUUCCUAUAUUUUCAGUAAUUCAAUUUAUGUUUUUUGUUGGAUGGCUCAAAGUUGGAGAAGCUCUUGUUAAUCCAUUUGGAACAGAUGACGAUGAUAGUCCAGUUGACUUUGUUUUAGGAAGAAAUUUAAACGCUGGUUUAAAUAUAAUUGAUGAAGGUAUUGACUAUAGAGUUAAAAUUAUUGGUGAUUGUUUUUAUAAAAAACCUAAUUUUGUUGGCAAUGAAAAUAAAAUUAAAAAACAAAAAACUUCUUUUUUAAUUCAAUAA